GAUUCCAUACCCUCAAAUGUCACUAUUGCGGAGAGAAUAUGUCGCCCAGGUCCCAUACAUUGGAAAAGCAAAUCUCAGGAGACAGCGGAUAAGAAAUGUCUUAUCAUGGGUGACUCGAUCAGUUUAGGCUAUAUGGAUUAUGUUGUUGAAUUGCUCGAUGGAGACUGUACUGUCUAUCACGCUCCAUGGGCUGGUGACGGAGGAAGCUUGGACACGCGCUAUAUGCUUCAAUGUUUACCCAUGUUUCUUUCCUCGAGUUUCUAUGAACCUGUUCAGUAUGACGUCAUAAUAUUUAAUGCUGGAGUUCAUGAUAUUGACCCAUUCGAUUAUCAUAACGAGUAUGUCCCUCUCAAAGAAUACCGUAGAAAUUUGAAGAAAAUCAAGUCGGCUUUAUUAAAAACAGGCGCUACGGUUGGUUUUGCGACUUCUACGCCCGUACCAUUUAGCAAAAAGAUGGACGAGAGGCUUAAACAGUACAACAAAGCUGCAAAACAAGUAAUGAAGGAUGAUAAAUCCAUUAAAGUAAUAGACCUUUACGACGCUUUGAGCAAACCAUGCGGUGGAUCUACCAAAAAAUGCAAUCUAUUUAAGGAUCAGCCAAAUGUACAUCUCAGUGGUAAAGGGUACUUUUUACUGGCUAAAAAGGUCAGUCGAGGAUUCAAGUCUUUGUUAAAGCGAACAAAGAGAAGAAAGGAAAAAGAUCAGAGGCAAAAAGAUGCUCCUCCUGGUUCCCAAUAUUGUUUACCAAAGACGGAAAAGAAAGGGAGAAACAUGCGCAACCUGACAGGUUGCCCUAGCAACACAACCUGCUGCCUUAACAAUUUUUCCAAUUCUUUCAUUGGCUGUUGUAUGUUAAAGGAUGCAAUGGAUUGAGGGGAUAGCUGGCAUUGCUGUCCUAAAGGAACUGUUUGUGACCCCAGUUGUACUGGAAAAGAGUGCGUAUGUCGCAAAGCACCUUGGGAAUCAAAAGCGUCUAGAACUGCAUUUUCUCUAUUAAUGAAAGCAUUGAAUUCAUUUUGGGAUAAAAUAGCUAAAGACUAUCCAUUCCUAAAGAAAUCAUAAUAGUUGGUCUUGCGAUGUUUUGAUGACAUUUAUGAUAAAACGAAUAAGGCAAAAGUAACAGGAUCGUAACUCCUCCUCGGUUGGGAAAAACAGCUGUCAAUAAACAAAUCUAGUGAUAAACGGAAAGUCUUAUGGUAGAACCUCUAAGUCCAAACUUUCGCUCCUCCUAUACAAGGAAACAUUACAUGAAUGAUUUUAGCGGUGCAAGUGGAGUUACUUAUGAAAAUGAGGCAGCCCCAGAUUAACUGUGAAAAUAUACAUAACAUUUAAAUUUUAUAACGGCUGAGCAUGAACCUUUGUACGGUAAUUUUUUUUAAUUGUUUGUUUUAUAUUUUCCUUCGAUU